UCUGCCGGUGCCGGGGACGCGGCGAAGUGGGGGACGGCGGAGCGCGCGCCGGCCUGAGCAGCCCACCGGGCGCGGUGGGGAGCACCGCCCAGCAGAAACUGGCCCAGAAAGGAUGGUCUGGAUACGGGGGCAGGAUCUGAGUGGCUGGACAGCUGGGUUCCUCCUGCAGGUGCUUCUGACGCCAGCAUGGAACAAGCGCCUGAGGCCUCGGCCAGGGCCCGGCACCAGGGCUGCCCUGCCCACUGUGCCCCAGGUAAGCCGGGCCAGCGCUGGGGGUUAGCGGGGCCUGGGCUGCAGAGGGGCUGCCCUGACCCGCGUCUCCCCCCAGGGCGAAAGCCCCAAAAGGCUGAGUGAGCUGCAGCCUGGAGACCUCUUUAAAGAUGACCCGCACGGACCCGCCGGACCUGCUGGUGUCUACCGUGUACCAGGACAUCAAGGUGGUGGCCCCAGGGCCCGUGUCGCGGCGCCCGCCAUGUGAGCGUUCCAUGGCUCGGCCUGCUGCGCCCGUGCCUUUCAACAAGCGCCAUUGCCGCAGCUUCGAUUUCCUGGAGGCGCUGGACGGGGCGGCCAUGGAGGCCCGCCCAGAGCCGCCACCCCCGGAGCCUGCCGCACCACGAGCCCGGUCCCGCGACAGCGAACCCCGGCGCCGCGCCCGCUCCAAAAGCGCACCCCGCGCGCCGCCGGGCUUGGCGCCCGCGCCUGCCUCGCCGCCCGUGCUGCCGCGCCGAGGCCGGGAGGCGCAGCGGGCACCACGAGCAGAGGCGUCACCCCACCGGGAGCCCGCGUACCCCGCGCUGCGCGCACUCGCCAACGAGCUGCACCCCAUCAAGCUGCAGCCGCAGCGGGGCGGCCCCGGCCGCAUGGCGCCCCUCUGCGCCGCCACCAACCGCUGCGCGCCGGCCGAGCCACCCGCAGGGCCCGCCCCCCACGUCCGCUGCCGCCUAGACGUCAAGCCCGACGACGCGGUGCUUCAGCACGCUGCCCGGGGCUCGCGGCCCUGCGCGCCCGCCGAGACCGCGCCCUGGCCCCGCGCCGCGCCGCAGCUCCACGGCCUCACCGUGCCCGGGCCUCGCCACGUGGCGCUGUCUCGCACCCCGACUCCCAGUGACUCUUACUGCGCCGACCCCCGGGCGCUGUACUGCGACGGGCCCCUUCCUGGGCCCCGGGACUAUUCGGAGCGCCGGAGUCUGCCCUUCACCACCCCGCCGGGCCCCACCCAAUUCUUUUACACAGAGGAACCCGAGGGCCACCCUGGUGGCUUCGUGGCCAGCCCUGGACCUUCUUUCGACAGCUACUACCCCAGGCCCUUUCUGUCCGAAGAGCCGCCAGGACCCAGUCCAAGACGCGGGGGCGGCUACUAUGCGGGGGACGUUCGCACCUUCCCGGUCCAGGAACCACCCUCCCGUUCCUACUACGGGGAGGCCCCCCGAGCCUACGGCCCACCCUGCGGCCCCCGCUAUGCCCCGGAGGAGACCCGGGCCCACUCCACCGCCCGCCCCUUUUACACAGAGGACUUCGGGCGGUACCGUAAUCGAGACGCUCUGGCGAGAACUUACCCACACCCGCGCGGCAGCCCCGCCUGGGGCGACCGGGGCCCGCGGCCUUACCGCACCCUGCAGGUGGCGCCUCCCCCAGACCCCGGCCCGUUGCUCGCCUCGUGGCACGGCGGCCCCGGCACCAGCCCACCCCGGCUGGCCACCGACAGCCGCCACUACUCGCGCUCCUGGGACAACAUCCUGGCGCCCGGGCCGCGCCGCGAAGACCCCCUGGGCCGCGGCCGCAGCUACGAGAACCUGCUGGCGCGCGAGGCACGGGAGCCGCGGGGUGCAUCACCCGAAGGCCGGCGCCCGCCCGUCGUCGUGAACCUGUCCACCUCGCCCAGACGCUACGCAGCGCUGUCGCUGUCUGAGACGUCGCUGUCGGAGAAGGGCCGAAUAGGCGAGGGCCAGGGCCGAAACUGGUACGUCACGCCGGAGAUCACCAUCACCGACAACGACCUGCGCGCAGCCGAACGUCCGACUGCCAGGAGCUGGGAGCUGCCCGGGAGCCGCCCGCGGCAGCCUCCGCCCGCCGCCCCCGACGGCCCCACCUCUGGCCGCCAGCGCAGCCUCGAACAGCUGGACGAGCUCAUCACUGACCUGGUUAUCGACUCGCGGCCCCCGGCCGGCCAAGCACCCGAGCCCGCGGCUGACGGCCUGGGCCGACAGCUGCACCGCCUGCUAGACUCGCGGCCCUCGGGCCCUGGGGUCCCUGUACUGGCGCCACGCUCCCCACCUGCGUCGGCCGGCAGCACUGAGGAGCCCGCGGCCCUGGGGCAGGCGGCCGACGCGUCCCCGGAGCCCAGCGCCGACGAGGACGACCUGAUGACGUGCUCCAACGCGCGAUGCGGGCGCACCGAGACCAUGUUCAACGCCUGCCUCUACUUCAAGUCCUGCCACAGCUGCUACACGUACUACUGCUCGCGCCUGUGCCGCCGCGAGGACUGGGACGCGCACAAGGCGCGCUGCGUGUACGGACGCGUGGGCAGCGUGUGCCGCCACGUGCUGCAGUUCUGCCGCGACAGCGGCCCAGUGCACCGCGCCUUCUCGCGCAUCGCGCGUGUUGGCUUCUUGUCGCGGGGCCGCGGCGUGCUCUUCCUGGGCUUCCCGAGCCCUGGCUCUGCAGACAAUUUCCUGCGCUUCGGCCUCGAGGGGCUGCUUCUGUCACCCACCUACCUAUCGCUGCGCGAGCUGGCCACGCACGCAGCGCCACUGGGCAGCUAUGCGCGCGAGCUGGCGGCCGCCGGGCGCCUCUACGAGCCGGCCGAGUGCUUCCUGCUUAGCGUGUCGGUGGCCGUGGGACCUGGAGCUGCGCCACCCGGCGCCCCUGCCCGGCCCGCGCCCGCCCCGCGCAGUCCCGGACCCACGGUACGCAAGUUCGCCAAAGUGGCGCUGGCGGCCGGCAGCCCAGCGCGGCCGCCUCCAGCACGGGGCCGCGAGCCCGACAUGGAGACGUUGAUCCUGACGCCGCCGCCCGGCACGGCAGGCCUGGACCAGGACGGCGAGGCGGGCCGGCGAGCACGAGAGGUAGCCUUCAUCCACAUCCAGCGCGAGCUGCGGCUGCGCGGCGUCUUCCUGCGCCACGAGUUCCCGCGCGUCUAUGAGCAGCUCUGCGAAUUCGUCGAAGCCAACCGGCGCUUCACGCCCACCACCAUCUACCCCACUGACCGUCGCACCGGCCGCCCCUUCAUGUGCAUGAUCAUGGCUGCCUCCGAGCCGCGCGCGCUUGACUGGGUGGCCAGUGCCAACCUGUUGGAUGACAUCAUGUGAACCCGGGGGCACGUCCUGGCCCUGCCCAGUCCACCCAGAGCCCACCCUGAACCCCAUCCAGUCCACCUGAGCCCCGCCCAGUCCACCUAGGGCCCACCCACCUAACCCCACCCAGUCCAUCCCGAACCCUGCCCCUGCCACGCCUUGAGUCCCCCAGGCCCCGCCCAGCUUUCCGCAAGCUCCGCCCAUGUCCCGCCUUUGCGUUCUCCACAGGCCCCGCCUUUCCCUCCCCGCCCUCGCCUAUUAUUCCGCACCCCUCCAAGCCUCGCCCAGCUCCUUUCUCCCCAAGCUCGCCCUCGGGCCUCCCCAGAGGCCGGUCCUCGGCCGCUUGGUGCUUCCCGCUGGGAGGUGGGGUGGGUCUGAGGACCGCUCCGCCCCUUCACGCAGAAGGGUCACUACUGCAGACCCCACCGCACACAUCCGGUUCGUCCGUCCCCUGUCCAUCUGCAGGGCCUCCCUGGAACCUUCCCAACCCUGGCUCGCCCUGGUCCAGGAGCCCGUGUUGACCAAAGCCUAAUCCCGUCCCUUUAAACUCACCCUCCCACCCGCCUCCCGUGGUCUGGAAUGCGUCCUGCUCAGAGGCCUUUCCUCUCUAGAGGACACCCUGAUUGGCCUCCGUGUGUCCGCGUCACGAGUAUGCUCCAGCCUGGUGGGCCGGGCCGGCGUGUAACUGCGCGGUUUGUUUCUCCCGGCCCCCGCUGUGCCAGACCUUGAGCACGCACAUUGACGGCGCUACCCUUCCUGCUGCAGGGUUUGGGGCUAGCGGCAGUGAAGGGGUACUCGGCAUGGGAGGGUCUUCAGCCAAGGCACAAGACACGCCGCCAGAAGGAAGGGGUUCCUGGGCGGGGGAAGCACAGGUUAUGUGUAGGGGCGCCGGCCAGUGCUGAGACCUGGUUGGGCGAGCAAACGGCAGCGCAGGCCGUAACCUCACAGGGAGACAGGAAGCAGGUGAAGGAUGGAUGAGCGGGAGGGGCUGAGGAAGCCGUCCAGGAGAGCCCCUAUUCUCUGGAGUACAGAGGACAGAAGAGGAGGGGCGUUCCCAGUUUGGAACCGGGAGGAGGAAGCGUAGAUGGGAAUAGGUGAGGGAGCGAGCUAGUCCGCCAGGGCGGUGGUCCAUCCGGAGAGAUGGGGGCAUGAUUGCACAAACACCCCCGUGCUCGCGCCCGCGCGAUCUGGCCGCGCUCCGUGGUGAGGGCUGGACACGCGAGGCUUGCAGCCCAGUUCUGGUUCCCUGGAGCGCAAGUUCCGGUGUCCCUCGUAUCCCGCCCUCCCCCGGGGUGCGCUCCAAAUAUGGUUAGUGACCUGCAGAGGGGGUGAGGCCAGGCGCCCGCCAGGGCCCUCCUGUAGCCCACAAACCUCCAUCGGGGCCAAGUGGGGCAUCAAUUAAAUUUAAUUGCGGACGUCCCCCCAAUCCCCUGCCUCCUUUCCCGGUCUUCGCUCCCGACUGUGCACCCGUGCCCAUCUCCCCUCAUGCCUUCCCCAACACGCCCGCGGGCCUGCCUCGGCUCCGCGCAUUUGCACAGGCCAACGUGCCCAGCUUGCCCCACCCGCCUUCGCGGCCUCCCAAAUUUGGCCGCUGCGCCCCCUCGCCCCUGGGCCUCGGCCUUCCUCCCCACGCCUGAGGGCCGGCGGUCCAGGAAGGAUCCUGGACCGGGAUUAUUUCCAGAGGGCGAGCGCUUUCGAACCAAGGAAAAUAGAACUCGAAUGUAGCCAAUGCUGCCUCGUUCAUUGUGCAGAGUGGGUGGGAUGCAGGAUGCAGUGCUUCGGAAACGGGGGAGACCAUGUAAUAAUGGGGGAGAGACAGGGGAGAUCUUCGGACACAAUGGGGGAAGGGGGAGGGAGGAAAGUCAUAGGACAGCAUGGGGGUGCGGGGGAGAGCGAGGCACUCGGACACAGCGCGGGGGCCCGGGAGGGAGGCCAUGGGACAGCGUGAGGGGUAUGGGAAGGGAGGCCUUCGGUUACGGUAGAGGGAACCAGGGCCGGCGCGCGUUCCCUCGGGCGUCACGGGCCGCCGAGCCCCCUCCAAAGGGGCCUGUCAUCCGCUCCCGACCCCACUGGGAAAGAACUUUAACUCGGUUGCAUUGAACCAUCACCUACUCCUGCUGCCACGUUCUCCUUUAAAUAGGGCCGGCAAGGUGCUGGGCUGCAAAGAGCUGGGUUGCGAUUGGCCAGUC